AUGGACUAUUCGUACGAUGAGGACCUGGACGAGCUGUGCCCGGUGUGUGGGGACAAGGUGUCCGGCUACCACUACGGGCUGCUCACCUGCGAGAGCUGCAAGGGCUUCUUCAAGCGCACCGUGCAGAACAACAAGCACUACACGUGCACCGAGAGCCAGAGCUGCAAGAUCGACAAGACGCAGAGGAAGCGCUGCCCCUUCUGCCGCUUCCAGAAGUGCCUGACGGUGGGGAUGCGGCUGGAAGCCGUGCGUGCUGACCGCAUGCGGGGCGGCCGGAACAAGUUCGGACCCAUGUACAAGCGGGACCGAGCCCUGAAGCAGCAGAAGAAGGCCCAGAUCCGGGCCAACGGCUUCAAGCUGGAGACCGGGCCCCCCUCGGGCGCACCGCCCCCGCCGCCCCCGCCCCCGCCGGACUACAUGCUGCCGCCGGGGCUGCACGCCGCCGACCCCAAGGGCCUGAGCUCCGCGCCCCCCGCGGGGCCCAUGGGCGACUUUGGGCCCCCAGCGCUGCCCAUGGCCAUGCCCAGCACCCAUGGGCCCCUGGCCGGCUACCUCUACCCGUCCUUCCCCGGCCGCACCAUCAAGUCCGAGUACCCGGAGCCCUACGCGAGCCCCCCGCAGCCCGGGCCGCCCUACGGCUACCCAGAGUCCUUCUCGGGCAGGCCCGGGGUGCCCGAGCUCAUCCUGCAGCUGCUGCAGCUGGAGCCCGAGGAGGAGCAGGUGCGGGCGCGCAUCCUGGGCUGCCUGCAGGAGCCCGCCAAGGGCCGCCCCGACCAGCCCGCGCCCUUCAGCCUGCUCUGCCGCAUGGCCGACCAGACCUUCAUCUCCAUCGUGGACUGGGCGCGCCGGUGCAUGGUCUUCAAGGAGCUGGAGGUGGCCGACCAGAUGACCCUUCUGCAGAACUGCUGGAGCGAGCUGCUGGUAUUUGACCACGUGUACCGGCAGAUCCAGCACGGCAAGGAGGCCAGCAUCCUGCUGGUCACUGGGCAGGAGGUGGAGCUGAGCACCGUGGCGGAACAGGCGGGGUCCCUGCUGCACGGCCUGGUGCUUCGGACACAGGAGCUGGUCCUGCAGCUGCACGCACUGCAGCUCGACCGCCAGGAGUUUGUCUGCCUCAAGUUCCUCAUCCUCUUCAGCCUCGACGUGAAGUUCCUCAACAACCACGGCCUGGUGAAGGACGCGCAGGAGAAAGCCAACGCCGCCCUGCUCGACUACACGCUGUGUCACUACCCGCACUGCGGGGACAAGUUCCAGCAGCUGCUGCUGUGCCUGGUGGAGGUGCGGGCCCUGAGCAUGCAGGCCAAGGAGUACCUGUACCACAAGCACCUGGGCAACGAGAUGCCGCGCAACAACCUGCUCAUCGAGAUGCUGCAAGCCAAGCCGACCUGA